AUGAUUGUGAAACUUUCUUCUUUGAUUCGAAAUACCUCAGAUUCAAUCUUAGCUUGAUCCAAAAUAUCUCAGAUAAGCAUCUCAAGAAUGCUACAUGAUGGCGAUGUAAUCUGCAUAAAGCGGCUAUUCUUGCGUACUAAUGUGUGCACACCAGCUCUUAAGAUGCUGUAUUAGAGUUGAGCGAAGUUCUGAAUUCAUGCAAAAAAUUGGAGAAUAUCUGUAGUUGGAAGUAAUUCUUAACCUUCGCUUCUUUGAUCUGACUGAUUUGAUUAACCUCAACAAGCAUGUACAUGAACAACUCAUCAGUGUCAGAGAUGCUUGCAGAGUCAACUAUUCCAAAUUUCUCAACAAAUUCUAAUUUAAGGCUAUUACAUUGGUGCCUGUCAAAUAUAUACUUCCCAUAGAUUGCUGAUUC